AUGAUGACACCACCAAAUUGCGUCAUGACACGUUUGACAUAUGUCAAACAUGAAUCUAAAUCAAGAAGUGUUACUGUAUCAUCUCAACUUCAAUUACCAUUACCAUUCACUCAAGUACCUUCUUCAUUUUCUAAUCAAUUAGCGGUAUCUUCUACUCAAUUACUCUCAUCGUCGACAACGAGUCCAACCGUACCACCUUCAACAACCAUUACUGAACAUGAACAUCGUAAUCAGAUCAUUAAAACGAUAGGUACGUGGUGUGAGAGAGAAAAAGAAUCGAUAGGUUUGGAUGAAUUGUCUUUAUCAAUUGUUGAUGAUUAUAAACUCUACAUAAAUGACGAUACCGAGAAUUUGGAAGCAUCAAUCCGUUGUAAUUGUGGUGUUAAACUAAACUUAUUUAAACUUAAGACCCGAACAUUUUUUCAGUUAUCUAAUUUUUAUGCUCAUCUGAAAAGUAAAAAAUGUUCAAAAAAUCGUGUUCCAUCAUGGAAGAUAAAACCGGUUCGCUUUGUCGUUGUUCAUAUUAGGGGGAAGAAUGUAUGUGAUUUUGUACGAAUGAAUUUGAAUGGCUCUUUACCAAGUUUACCAACGUUAAUCAUAUUGACGAAAGAUAAAAAUUCAACAUUCGGCGAAGGUCGUUUUCGUUUCAAUGAGCUAGAACAACAUUUGGGUAGAAUGAAUACAUCAAUUGGUUUUGCAUCUGAAGAUUGCACUGGGAUAGUCAGAAAAAUACGAUAUGAUACCAACACUAAUUCAUUCAUCGGAUUCUGUACUCCACUUGAAAAUGGCAUUCCAUCCGAACAACAUUUUAAAACUGAUUCAUUUGAUCAAGUGAACGAGUGGUUCUCUAAUAUUGAGAAAGCUCCACUCUUAAAUAUUCACAUGUUUCAACCGUUAGCUCAGUCAAUGAAAAAUUGUUCGCCAGUUAUAUUAGCGGCAUACGGAACUGACAGCAAAUUUACAGCAAUUGAUAUUUUUCGACGCGGGAUACACAUCUAUGAACAAUGCUCAGCCAAAAAAAUUCGUAUCAUUGGUUUCUCAACAGAUUGCGACAGUAAAUAUUUACGAGCGAUGCAGUUGGUUAGCGAAUUUUUUGCUGAUUUAUCAAGUUUAAAACUACAUGAACAACCUGGAGCAUUUGCGGUUGCUGUUCCAGCAACAUAG